AGACCGAAUUGAUACGUUUUAAACCGAUAUUACGACGUUCGUGUUUUACGAAGUAUAUUUGGUUGAUUCUCUUCGUCUACACUUCUCACAUCGCUCAGUUCUCACACUGAAUGUGUCUGAAUAUUGGUGACCUUUGAAUUGUGCUGAAAAUGUCAAAUAUUCGCACUAAUUCGCCGACCAUAUUUGCUCAUUGUGCUCAAUGCACACACAUCGUGAGACUAAUUUUAAUAAACACACACAUAAAUUUUUCUCCGUUUCGUCUCGAUUUUUUUUUGCUCUCGGCUCACACUCUCAUCGCAUACAAUAGAGUUUUCCUUAAAUUAUACAUUUGGCUGAGCAUAUUUAAUUCGCCUUUUCUUAUUGGUUGAUUCGUUUGAUGACAUCUUGAAAUAUCCAGGUAUUUUUUUAGUCGAAUCAUGUGCUUGAAAUAAAUAAACAAUGAUUUUGUGCUAGACAUAACGCCCAACCACGACGUGAAUUGUUAGUUUUUUUUUAUUUGUGUGAAACAAGAAGCAGAACUUAGCAGAAGAACAACAAAAAAAGUGUCGUGUGUAAAUAUUUUCGUCGAUCAAAUUGUCGAGCAGAUCACAAAUUAUCAGCUUAAAUCGAAGGCCCCAAUAUAUCUGUGCUCCGUUUUUGUUCGACGACAUUGUGCAACAUUUUUUUUACGUUUGUUGUUUUUUUCUUCGCCCUCACGUCAUUUUGCUCGAUAUAUUUAUUUUUUUCGUCAAAACUAGUGGAUCAGAGACGUGUAAUCAUAAUUUAAUAAUGGCAUUGUAUAUCACCGAAAAAUAUUGAUAUACUCAUAUCUGUCGAAAGAGAGAACGAGAGACAGAGGGUAUGUGUUAAAGACACAGAACAGAAGGAUUUAAAAUUCUAAAGCAAAGCAGAAGAAACGAAAAAAAAGUAUACGCAAACCGAGUGUGUGAGAGCAAAUUAUUCGCGGGUAAAUAUAAUCUGAGCAGCUGCUGGUGCAAAUCAGGCGAAACGGUUAAGGAUAAUCAAAUUUCGACGGCUAACAUACACGCAGCACGUACACAUACUCUAUUUAUAUAUACAUAUAUAUGCACACUUACUCACUCACACACAUGAGGACAUACGCAUGGAGCAAUGUGUUUUAGUUAUCUGAAGCCAGCGCGAAAGCACACAUUGCAACCAAAUAAAAGUGAUGAAAAAACAAGUGACAAGUUUUGACUCACAUAGUUCACACACAACACGGUGUACGGUGUGUGGUGGUACUUUGCGCGUUGUAAAAAGAAGCAGCAGGCAAGCAAGCGAGCGAGCGGAAAGAAAAAUGUGUACAGUCGAAACAUAGAGCAAGUGAAACACACAUUUUCACAAUCGACGACCAGAUAAGAGCAAAUAAAUUUUUAUUACGACGAUUAGUCGAAUAACAAAAUUCGGGUGCUGCAGAGUGUCUACGUUCAUACGGAAUUCGCGCAUCGAAUGUGACACAAUAAUAAUUCAACGUGAACAUUAAUCUAAUUGGAAUAGAAGAACUCAGCAGUAACAGUUCGCACUCGUCUGUCGCUUCGUUUCCAAAAGAAAGGAAGUUCAGUCUCGCAAUACCGUGUGCAAACUAUUUUAAUUUUUUCCCCGUUCAAAGUAUCUUGCAUUGGUGUUUAUAACGAAAACAAAACAAAUUGUGUCGCAUAUGGAGUCUUGCACAUCCAAUCCAAUCGUCGCAUUAGCAACCAACACUCUCCGGCUAUCGCAAUCGAAAAACACAUUUAUUUACUUUGUCUCGAGAAUUAUUUAACAAUAAUUGUUUUCGGUUCGGUUUUCGGUUGACCUUUUUUUCUUUUUUUAAAAUUUGGUUGAUAGGUGUGUGUUCUUUUUUUUCUGUUGUGUUUAUUAAUCGAAAGUUAAAAUAUUUGCGGAUAAAACAAAAAUUCAAGUCAACACUGAUUUUGGUUGUUAUCGUUUUGUUCGGUAGUGUUUGCGUUUCGGGUGGCGAAUUCACCACACGACCGAUUUUUUUGUUGUUGUUGUCAUAUAAUUUCUUGUUCCUUUACGAAAACGUAUGAAAAAACGCUGUGUUUGAACAGACGACCAGAUACUGUGUUCUUUGUUGUUGUUGUCAUCGUCGUCGUCGUUAGAACGCUGCAAUCGAUACAGCCGACACAAUGAGAGUGGUUGCAUUGGUGAGCGGGGGCAAAGACAGCUCCUACAAUAUGAUGAAAUGCGUUGCCGAGGGUCAUGAAAUCGUUGCUCUCGCUAAUUUACAUCCAAAAGACAAAGAUGAAUUGGAUAGCUACAUGUAUCAGACGGUUGGUCAUAUGGGCAUUACAAAGCUUGCCGAAGCGAUGGAGUUGCCGUUGUAUCGCAUGGAAACAAAGGGAAAAUCAACGCAAACCGGAAAAUCAUAUGUACCAACCGAUGACGAUGAAGUCGAAGACCUUUACAACCUACUGAAAAUGACCAAAGAUGAAGUCAACGUUGAGGCAGUUGCUGUUGGUGCUAUAUUCUCUGAUUACCAAAGAGUUCGUGUGGAAAAUGUUUGUAUGCGCUUGAAUUUGGUGUCACUGGCUUAUUUAUGGAGGAGAGAUCAGACUGAGCUUCUGCAAGAGAUGAUAGAUUGUCAAGUUCAUUCGAUAAUAAUUAAGGUUGCGUCGUUAGGUUUAGUGCCAGAUCGUCAUUUGGGAAAAUCGUUGCGUGAACUUCAGUCACAUCUCGAAAAGAUGAAGGAAAAAUACGGUUUAAAUGUGUGCGGUGAAGGUGGUGAAUACGAAACAUUUACACUCAACUGUCCAUUAUUCAAGCAGCAAAUUUUCAUAGAGGAUUUUCAAACGGUCAUUAGCUCAUCGGAUCCAGUGUGCCCGGUGGGCUAUAUCAAUUUCACCAAAUUGCGUUUAAUCCCGAAAACUCGUGACAAUGAAGCGGAAGUUGUGGUCAAGAAAUCAAUUGACUACAUUAGCGACCUGAAUGAAUCGAGCUACAGUGACCUGAGCGAUCCGGAUUUAAGCGAAACCGAGCUGGAAUUCAUUGAAAUGGAAAAUCGCAUGAAAGAAUCGAUGAGCAAAGAGGAAAUUGCAAAUAUGUCACGCAGCAAUAGCUUGAGCCACGGUUCGUUGCUAUCAUCACCGGUGCGAAUACUUACAAAGAAAUUCGCUGCCGAUGACGAGCCCGACGAGAAUGGAACGACGAAAAACGGUUUGAUUGACAUAAGUCAGGAUGACGGCGGUGGUGGCGGCGGAGGCAUCGGCAGUGAUAGCCUCUCGAAGAGUUCAACAUUUCGUUUUGACAUUGAACAACGUCCAAUCGAAAAUAAACCGAAUGUGGCAAUCAAUCCACGCGGUUGGAUGUGGAUAGGUGGCGUCCAAGGUACGGGCACUACAUCAAAAGAGGGAAUGCAGAAUGCAAUAGAUAUUUUACUGAACAUAGUUAAUGAAAAUGGUUAUGAACUCAACAAUCUGUGUUAUGUUUCGCUGUAUGUACGCAGCAUGAACGAUUAUGCCGAACUAAACGAUGUUUAUGUGAAAACAUUUGAUUUCCAAAAUCCACCGUCGCGUGUAUGCAUUGAGAGCCCGCUCCCAGACGGUUUGCAAGUUAUCAUGGAGGUGGUGGCUUUUCGACCACGUUACAAGGACAUCAACAAUCAGCGUCAUACGAUGCACGUGCAAAGCAUUUCACACUGGGCACCAGCCAACAUUGGACCGUACAGUCAAUCGACUAAAGUCGGCGAAAUCACAUACAUCGCAGGACAAAUCGCUCUGGUGCCAGGAAGUAUGACUAUCAUUGAAGGCGGAAUUCGUCCACAAUGCAAACUAACAUUGAGACACAUUUCACGAAUUGCAAAGGCAAUGAAUAAUGGACAAUUACGGGAUAUCGUUCAGGGAAUUUGCUUUGUCACACAUCCAAAUUAUGUGGCCGAGGCGAGGCGUCAGUUGGAACGCCGAACAACGAAUGCGAUCAUGGAUUAUAUCGUUGUGCCGGCAUUGCCACGAAAAGCAUUGGUCGAAUGGCAGGUGUGGGCUCACUCGCACAACGACAAAUUUGAUUACGAAGAAACCGGCUGUUCCGUUGGAGAUUAUACCGUGUCUAGCCGUCGUCGUUGGAACUAUGAAAACAAUUGUGCAGCCAUUGUGUGCUAUGUAUCAACCGGCUUAGCAUCGUCAUCAACUCAACUCACCGAUUUAUCGGAUGAUAUAAUCCAACGCCAUCAGCAGUUAGCACAAGGCCUUACCGUUGACAAUGUCACAGAGAUCAUCCAAUAUGUUGUAAAUAAAAUGCUUCGCUCGAAAGGUGUUCCGUCGGCCUAUUUCGUCGAUGCACAAAAGCAAUCAACCAACUCAAGCAAUAGUACAAGUGCUGAAGUUCGACUACCAGCCAUCCAUUUGAAAGUAUUCUACCAAGUGAGUUCGACACCUCCAAUCGGCCUCCUGACCCAAACCAUUGCCGAAUUCCGAGAACGAAUCAGCGACCAAACCCUAAUCACAUUCACCGUAUUGCCGGCCAGCAGUUUGCACAAUUUCAGUACAUUUUUAUCCAUCUAUGGCAUUCGACAUUUAUAAUAGUUUAUACAUAGCAAAGAAUCAGAUUGUUACUAAAAACAUACCAAAUGAAUUUCGUCGCUUUUUUUUCAUACUGUUUAUAUAUUUUGUCAAUGGACACAAAAAAAAAAUCUGAGGCACCUGUGCGCCGCUUUUCGUGGAUAUAAAAUUGCGAAUGGAUGUGAUUUUGUUAAAUAAUUUUUUUUCUGUGUGUGUUUUCUCCAUUGAAACGAGAAGAAUAACCAGAAGGAGCGAAGCUUCAAAAACCGCAUCGAAACGACGCAGAAAGACAAAUUAAAUGAAUAAUAUUAGAUGAUAAGACGAUAUGGAAAUCAGUUUUGUUUACAAUUUUGAAUGUUUCUGGAUUUUGACAGUGCAUUGUAACUCACACACACAUAGACACAAAUGCAAUUUUCCAACAUUCACAAUCAAAAAUAUUUAUUGAAAUAAAAAUUAAAUUUGCCAACAAUCGUGAGCGAAAACCAAACGAGAUAAAAA